AUGUCUGGGAAACUGUUGUUUCUGUUUGAAAGCUGUGAUUCUAGUGAUUCAGCAGAUAAUCAAUUGUUUAAAAAUGUUGUGAAUGGAAAUUGGAAUGAAAAUAUUGAUGGUGAAAAUUUUGUGAAUUAUAUUAAAUCUGGAGAUGAAAACUUUACUAAAGAUGAAAAGUUGGCUUACUCGAUAUCGUGUCUUUUGUCAUUUUUGGAAGUGAACUUUGUUGGUUCCACAAAUCGAGUAAAGCUUGACAUCCAGAUGAACUGUACAGAUUUGCAAGUCGAUGGUAUCGAAAUAAAUGCAAACAUAAAGAAAACUGAAUUUCUUUUUGUUGCCAAGACAUUUUUGGACAAUCUUUUUAAGAGCUAUCCUAAUGACAUUUUAAUACUCAUUUGGUAUAUGAGAAUGAUUAAAGUUCAUCAAUUGUCUCUGGAUGAAAACUCGAUGUCUCUUUAUGAAGCAUUUAAAAAAAUCCAGGAUCGACUUACCUGUAGCAAAUUGGAAGAAAUAGAAAGCAUAAGACAUAGAUUUAUCAUAAAACUUGAAAUCAUAUCCAUUUAUCUUAUGUAUCGUCGUGUUUACAAAGUAGACGAAUUGAUCAAGGAGCUUAAAAAUGAUUAUCAUGUUGAAGCUGUCGAAGAAGGUAUUUUAGGCAAAAGAACGAAAUGGCAACAAAAAGCACUUCCUCAAUUUCAUGUUUCAAUUCUGGGAGACAAUUCUGAACUUUUUAUUUCACCGCAAGCAACACAUGAAAAUGUCAAGUUGUUAAAACUGUUGGAAUUAGAUGAUGAUACACGAUUGGAGAGUGUAAAGUAUAUGGAUGAUAAGCACAAUGAAUUACAAAUUCUUUCAUCAUUAUUACAAAACUUCGUGCUACUCAACAUUAAAUACUUGCAAAUUUCGCAGCCUAAAGAUAAGCUUUCAGAUGAAGGAAUUCAGUCAUACUUGAUGCUCUUAUUGAAACAAAAUCAUGGAACAUGGUCAAUAAGAUUGGAAUCAUUAUUGAUUAAUAUAAAGCUUGAAUCAAAUCAUAGAAGAACAAUCGACAGAUGUUUAAGGCAAUGUGAAGAUGUCGUAAACAGUAUGAAGAAAAAUGCUGAUGAAGUAAAAGCUAACGAUAAACUCUCGUAUAUCUUUUCAAGUCUAAUGACUCCACUUUAUAAGAUUGAAGGCCUUUUGGCUGAUUUAAUGGUGAGCUUGGGUCUUAUUAAAGGAGCGCUGGAUGUUUAUCUUAGAAUACAACAAUGGGAAGAAGUAAUUAACUGCUACACACGAUUGCAAUUAAAGCACAAAGCUGCUGAAAUCAUUCAACAAGAACUUGAAAAGAAGCCAACUGUAAAAUUAUAUUGUCUACUUGGUGAUGCUUUAGAUGACAUUACGUACUAUGAAAAGGCUUGGGAAUUUUCAAAGAAUAAAAGUGGUUUGGCUCAAAAACAUUUCGGAAUGUUUUAUUUUGGAAAGAAUGACUACGAAAAGGCAGUUCCUCAUCUUCAAAAAUCACUUGAAAUAAAUUCACUUCAAGAAAACUUGUGGCUGAGACUUGGCUAUGCUGCAUUAUCUCUAGAGAAAUAUGAAAUUGCUUCUAGCGCAUAUUUAAGGUACACACAACUCGAACCGAAUGGAUUUGAAUCGUGGAAUAAUCUAGCUAAAUGCUUUAUUAAACUAGGCGAUAAGAAACGUGCUCAUAAAGUAUUACAAGAAGCUCUAAAAUGUAAUUUUGAUAAUUGGAAAAUUUGGGAAAAUUUUCUUUUUGUAAGCAUAGAUAUUGGAAGUUUUGAAGAUGGUUUGAAUGCAUACAAUAGAUUAAUUGAAUUAAAAGAAAAAUAUUUUGAUGAGGAAGUACUGAAAAUAUUAAUUACUGCAAUAUCCAAUGAUUUGGUCGACAUUGAAGGAAAUAAAUCUAUUAGAUUAAGGAAGAAAGCAUUAGAAAUGUUGGCACACAUUGGAUCUAUAAAAAUGUCCGAAGGGAUUGUUUGGGAGCUGUCUGCAUUAUUAACAGAUGAACAACUAAAAAAGGCAGAAAAGCUUCAAAAAGCUUACAAAGGAUAUGUUUCUAAAUCACCGGAUUGGUCAAAAGAUGAACAGAUGUGCUUGAAAUUCUUAAAACUCUCUUAUGAGUUAUGCCAGUCUUCACUUAAUGCAGCUAAUGAUGUACAAGAGACCGAAAAAAUGCUUGUUUUAUCUCAACUGUCUUCAGCAAGAUUAACAUCUCAAGGAUGCAUUAAAGUUGCGGUGAAUAAUCAAUAUGAGACAUGUAAAGACGUUAUCGAAAAAGUGAAUGAAUUACUAGAAAAAAUUGUGAUUAAAAUUAAGGAAUUGAAAUGA